AAAUUCCAGUUUAAACCAGUAAUUCAAUUUUAAAAGGCAAGAAAUAUUGAUUUGGUACUAGAAAAUGGCAAUGGGAUUAGAAAAUGCUCAGAGGCUUCUAGAUUUUGGACAAAAACUUGAUAUUAACUUGUUAGACCAGGUUAUUACUUCUUUAUAUACAGGAGAUCCCACUCAGCAAAAGAUGGCCCAAGAAAUUUUAACACAUUUGAAAGAACAUCCUGAUGCUUGGACGCGAGUUGAUACAAUAUUAGAAUUCUCAAUAAAUCAACAAACAAAAUAUUAUGCACUUCAAAUAUUAGAAAAUGCCAUAAAGGUUAGGUGGAAAGCUUUACCACCUGCCCAAUGUGAUGGUAUCAAAAAGUAUAUAGUCAGCUUAAUAAUUAAAUUAUCGUCAAAUGGCGAAUCUUUGGAAAAGGAGAAAAUUUAUUUAGGAAAAUUGAACAUAAUAUUAGUUCAGAUUUUAAAAAAAGAAUGGCCACAUAAUUGGCCCACUUUCAUUGGUGAAAUUGUUGGCUCAAGCAAAACAAAGGAAUCCUUGUGCCAGAACAACAUGGCUAUUCUUAAAUUAUUAAGUGAGGAGGUGUUCGAUUUUUCGUUAGGCCAGAUGACCCAAAAUAAGAUUAAACAUCUGAAGGAUCAAAUGUGCAAGGAGUUUAUGCAAAUAUUCCAACUGUGCCAGUUUGUGUUGGAUAAUUCUGAAAAUGCUCCCUUAGUUUUAGCCACCUUGGAGACCCUGCUAAGAUUCCUGAGCUGGAUUCCACUGGGAUACAUAUUUGAAACCAAAUUGAUUACCACCUUAAUAGCCAGGUUUCUCACGGUGCCCUUGUUCAGAAACGUUACAUUGCAAUGUUUGACAGAAAUAGCUGGCCUAAGAACUCCCCAAUACGAUGAGCAAUUCGCCAACUUGUACAUGUUGACCAUGUCUAAACUUCAAACCCUGAUACCACUCACCACGACCGAUUUGGCUCAAGCUUAUGCCAAGGGAACAGACCACGAACAAAAUUUCAUCCAGAAUCUGAGCCUUUUCCUCUCCACCUUUUUCAAAGAACACGGAACUCUCAUGGAAACCAAGGCAUUCCAAGAAGAUGGCACUAAACCUCUCAUGGAGUUAAAACUACCCGACACUAUAAUCACCAGCGAUGACCCCUCUAAAAUGGGUAACGGUAUAGACGGUGAUAUGGGCGACCACACGAAUGCUGUUGGGGGUUACGCCGAGGCUCUAAAACAAGGCCAUUACUAUCUCCUCUUGAUAUCUCGCGUAGAAGAAAUCGAGAUUUUCAAGAUUUGUCUCGAGUACUGGAAUCACCUGGCUUCCUCUCUUUACCGCGAAAAGCCCGUUUCCUCCUAUAUUUUCAACUGUGCCAGCACUGACAAUAGUUCCGGGGGAACCAAUCUAUCGGAGAUACCCCAAAGAUGGAGGCUUUACAGGGGAAUCUUGACCAAAUUACGAGUCAUAAUAGUGAGCAGGAUGGCUAGACCCGAAGAAGUAUUGGUCGUCGAAAAUGAUCAGGGCGAGGUAGUCAGAGAAUUCAUGAAGGAUACCGAUGCCAUCAACCUUUACAAGAAUAUGAGGGAGACAUUGGUUUAUUUGACUCAUUUGGAUUACGCGGACACCGAAAAAAUAAUGUUGGAUAAAUUGGAGAAGCAAGUUACCGGGGCUGAAUGGUCUUGGAAAAAUUUGAACGCUCUCUGUUGGGCCAUAGGUUCUAUAAGUGGCGCCAUGUGCGAAGAUGACGAGAAACGAUUUCUCGUAACCGUGAUUAAGGAUCUGCUUUACCUUUGUGAACAGAAGAGGGGCAAGGAUAACAAGGCCAUCGUGGCCUCGGAUAUAAUGUACGUGGUUGGUCAGUACCCGCGUUUCCUCAAGGCCCAUUGGAAGUUCCUCAAAACGGUCGUUAAUAAGCUCUUCGAGUUUAUGCACGAAACGCACGAGGGAGUGCAAGAUAUGGCGUGUGACACGUUUAUCAAGAUAGCGCACAAGUGCAGGAGACAUUUUAUUCUGAUUCAACCAGGAGAAAUUCAGCCCUUCGUGGAAGAAAUCCUAUCUAACACGAGUCACAUAAUAUGCGACCUAUCCUCCCAGCAAGUCCACACUUUUUACGAAGCUGUGGGCAUGAUGAUAUCGGCAGCCUCCUCCCUUCCCAACAGCCUUCUCAACGUAAACCCGUUUGGUAGUCAGCACACUGGGGCGGGUUUGAACCUGAACAGCCCGGCUAGUAACGGGAUAGGCUCUCUCGGGAGCCCAGUCAGCAACAACCAGGAAGCCCUUAUACAGAAAUAUAUGGUACUUCCCAAUCAGGCUUGGGACGAGAUCGUUGAAGAGGCUUCUAAGAAUGUCGAAAUAUUGAAAGAUCCGAACAUUGUAAAACAACUAGGGAACAUCCUUAAAACUAACAUCAAGGCCUGCAAGUCUCUGGAACACGCCUACGUUUCCCAACUCGCUAAAAUAUAUCUCGACAUGUUGAAUCUGUAUCAAGUCAUGAACAACAACAUUUUGCAAGCCUUCACGGCCAACGGGCCACUCGUGAAUAAGCAACCCCUGGUUCAGGGUAUGAGGGCUAUCAAGAAGGAUAUAUUGAGGCUCAUUUCUGCUUGGAUAGGAGUCGCCAGUGAUCCCAAACUCAUUUUAGAAAACUUCGUAUCCCCAUUACUCGAAGCUAUGCUGCCUUCAUACAGCACUGAUCCCUCGGAGGUUAGAGAACCAGAGGUCUUGUCAAGUGUUACAACUGUUUUGGCCAAACUAGGUGGGCCUACCGGUUAUAGUCCAGGCUCGACGACUGGCCCACUUAGCCCCGUUCUAUCAACCAUCCUGCCCGCCGUGAUUGGGGCCGUAUUUGAACCUACGCUCUCGAUGAUAAGCGGGAAUUUCACUGACUGGCCCGAGCAUAGAACUAACUUUUACGAGCUCCUGAAAGUCGUGGUUCAACAGUUGCUACCCCCAGGACCCGACCCAAGCUCUUUAACUAAUGGAUCCCCUUCUCCCAAUAAGCCGUUUCCCCCUGUAGAUGGACAAACGGAAAUGGAGUACAAAGCCGUUUUAUCUUUCGAUCUAACCCAACCAGCAGGCGGACCUAGAUUCAAAUUGAUUUUCGAUUCCAUUGUUUGGGGCAUUAAGCAUACUAUGAGAAACGUGGCCGAGAUAAGCCUCGAUAUACUCAUGAGCUUGCUCAAAAAUAUAGAAAGUCGAUCCGAAUCUAGGGUGGCUCAAUGCUUUUACCAGAACUUCUACACCACCAUCCUAGAACAUUUGUUUGCCGUGGUUUCAGAUACCUCACUUACAGCCGAUCUCCCGGCUCAAUCGGCCAUAUUAGCCCAUAUUUUCGGCUUACUGGAGAAAGGAAAAAUAUCAGUGAAUCUCGAUCCGACCCUAGUUACCUCUCCUGUUGGAACGGAUUACGCCCAAUCUAACAUCGAAUACGUACGACGGUUCGUUUACAAGCUCCUUCAGACCGCUUUCCCCCAUCUUAACGAUGCCCAGCUUAACGUUACUAUCCAGGGAUUUUUGAGUUUGAACCAUGACCUUGCGGCCUUCAAAGAACACUUGCGCGAUUUUUUGAUUCAAAUAAGGGAAUAUUCUGGUAGCGACGAUAGUGAUUUGUAUCUGAGUGAAAAGGAGGCCUCCAUUAAAAAGGCUCAAAUGGAGAAACUGGCCCAGAUUUCCGUUAUCCCUGGUAUGUUGAAACCCAGUGAGAUGAACGAAGAAAUGCAACAAUGAUAGGAAAGGGAAAAAUAGUCGGCUCAUAUUAUAUUGAGGAAUUUUUUUGUUAAAUUUUAUUUUUUAAAACCAUGGAUGGAUCUCUUUAAUAAAACAAAAAAUUUUAAUCGUUAAAUGAUGUUAAAUAGUUUUUUUUACCCUUAUAAUUUUAUUACUAAUAUUAAUCUGUUAACUUAUUAUUCUUCUUGUCAGUUUCAACAAUCACUCCUUUUAUUUUAAAUUUAGAAUUUUUAAAUAUAUAUUUUUUUUUAUAUAAAAAUUAUAAUUAUUUAUCUUGUUGUGCAACUAAAAUUUAUCCCCAAUAUUUAAUUUUUUU